AUGAGAGAGGAUGAGGAAGUUAUUGUGCGUGAAUUCUCCGAGUGUAUCACUGAGGAUGCUCUCAAGCCAUACAUGAAGUUGAAGAAUGCCGAAAAGAGCGGAGAGUGGAGAAAUUACGUGCAGAUUUGCUUGGGGGGCCAUGGAACUCAAAAAACCCAAACAACAGGAAACAUCGAGCUUAGGAUCAUUCCCGGAAACGCGAUGGAAGUGACAGAAGGAUCUUUCAAUCAACCUUUCUGCACGGCAGUGUUCUCCAAUGAGGUCGUCGAUGUCGAUCGAUGCCUGCUGGGGCUUCGCAACCACCAAGGCCGUUGCAGGGGAGAGAAAAAAAUUCCCAUAGCCUAUGUGACAGACAGCCUUUGCGAGGCGGCAAGGAUUGAGCAGGCACUUCAUCAGCAUAAUUUGAAAACACAGCCAGCCGUGCUAAGAAAGGCCGAAAGUAAAGAAGUUUCAGACCUCCUAGAGUCCCUGAAAAUAUUAUCUCUGGUCGAGUUGGAUUUGGUUCUGGUGGGAGAAGAGAAGAAACACCCAGACGAUGCUCAAGAGGAUCCUCCAGAUACCCCCAAGCAGAGAGAGAGCAACUCCAAUGGGGACGAACAUUUUGAAUUCCAAACCUGA